GGGGGCGGGCUCGGCCCUGGCUCCUGCUCCCUACGGCGGCCACCCGCGCUGCCUUCUUGUCCCCUCGGACGUUGGGGGGUCGGGCAGGGCAGAACAUGAGUGACCGGAAGUGGGAGUUGUGAGCGUUGUCGCCCGGGGCGGGGAGGCCCGAGGCGUCGUCGGGCCUCCGCGACUCACGUAUGGAGAGAGCUGGGCGAAGGGCUGCGCGCCGACCACUAACCGGGACGCACAAGCUCUGCGAGGCAGGAGCAGUGCUGAAGCGACCAGCUCUUCUGGCACGGGAACAUGAGGCUAGGCCUGGCGCCCGCUGCAGGCGACGCGCGCAGUGUGCGGGCCUGCCCCAGUCGCUGGUGAACGGCGCGGAGCCCCGCGACUCGCUUAGUGGCCUUUCCCUGCAGCCCGUCGUUGUUGGCGGCAGCAUGGUCUUCUGUCUGGAGAACGAGGAGCUGUGCCGCCCGCAGCGAAGCAACAUGGUCCGUUUCCACGCCUCGGAAGUCCAGCAGCUGCUACACAACAAGUUCGUGGUCAUCCUGGGGGACUCAAUCCAGCGGUCUGUGUAUAAAGACCUGGUGCUCCUGCUCCAGAAAGACUCACUGCUCACAGCUGCCCAGCUGAAAGCCAAGGGGGAGCUGAGCUUUGAACAGGACCAGCUGGUCGCUGGGGGUCAGCUGGGCGAGCUGCACAACGGGACACAGUACCGGGAGGUCCGCCAGUUCUGCUCGGGUUCUGGCCACCACCUUGUACGCUUCUACUUCCUCACCCGCGUUUACUCCGAGUACCUCGAGGGAGUCCUGGAGGAGCUGACAUAUGGGCCUGCCCCGGACCUGGUGAUCAUCAACUCCUGCCUCUGGGAUCUCUCCAGGUAUGGCCGCUGCUCGAUGGAGAGCUACCGAGAGAACCUGGAGCGAGUGUUCGUGCGCAUGGACCAGGUGUUGCCAGAUUCCUGCCUGCUGGUGUGGAACAUGGCAAUGCCCCUAGGAGAGCGUGUCACUGGGGGUUUCCUCCUGCCUGAGCUCCAGCCCCUGGCAGGCUCUCUGCGGCGGGAUGUGGUUGAAGGGAACUUCUACAGUGCUACUCUGGCUGGGGACCACUGCUUCGAUGUCUUGGACCUCCACUUUCACUUUAGGCAUGCAGUACGCCACCGUCACCGGGAUGGUGUCCAUUGGGACCAGCAUGCCCACCGCCACCUCUCACAUUUGCUUCUGACCCAUGUGGCCGAUGCCUGGGGUGUGGAGCUGCCCAAGCGUGACUAUCCCCAUGACCCAUGGAUUAAAGACUGGCCAGAGCCGGAUCAUCUCUUCCAGGGGAGCCAGGGGCAGCCCUCAGACUUCGGGGAGCAGCCGGCCUUGCCCCCACCCUCUCCCUUACCUCCUCCCAUGCCUUUUCCCUAUCCUCUUUCUCAGCCUUCCCUACCUCCGCUGUUUCCACCCCUGCCCCAGGAACCCCCUUUUUUCCCAGGCCAGCCCUUCCUACCCUGUGAAUUCUUCAAUUUUAAUCCAACGGAAGACUUCUCAAUACCACCCCACUUAGGAUGUGGCCCUGGAGUGAACUUUGUGCCUGGCCCCAUGCCUCCUCCAGUCCCCAGCCCUGUCCGCCAUGGUCAGCACCGGGGCUUGGCCGUCCACCGGGGGAUGUCACGCUGUGUUCACAACAGCCCCUACCAUGUGCCGAGGAUGGGGGCGCCCUGCAGGCAGCGUCCAAGACACUCAGACAGGCUGAUCCACACAUACAAACUGGAUAGACGACCUCAUGCCCAUUCGGGUACAUGGCCGGGGUAGACUGGUUCUUGGCUUUUGGGCUGUGUGUGCCAGUGGCCCUGCAGUGCCUGUUUGCCACACCAGGUGUGGGCGUGGCACCUGCUAUGCCUGACGUUGUUGUACAUUGCUGUCACCAAUAAAGGCAUGGAAAAACAGA